GCCGCGGCCGGGGCGGGCGCGCGGGCAUGCAGCGGCCGGCGGGCUGAGCGGCCGAUCGCAGCCCCCGCCGGGGAUGUGCCCGGGGCUCGGGAGCCAUGUCCAGGGUGAGCGGCCCCGGGCCGGCCGGCGGCCCCAAGGAGAAGCGCUCCUUCAGCAAGCGGCUCUUCCGGGGCCGGGCCGGCGCGGGCUCGGCCCGCUCGCUCAGCGGCUUCAUGAGCCGGGUGCUCAAGACCCUGUCCACCCUGUCGCACUACAGCUCCGAGCCCGAGCCCGAGCCCGAGGCGGCCCGCGGCCCGCAGCCCCCGCGCCUGCCCUCGCCGCCCAGCGGCCUGGGCAGCUGCUUCCACCCGGCCCGCCCGCCGCAGAGCCCCGAGCCGGAGCCGCCGCCCGAGGCGCCGGAGCCGGGCCCGGAGCCGGUGCCCGGGGUGGCCGGGCUGAAGAACCACGGGAACACGUGCUUCAUGAACGCCGUGCUGCAGUGCCUCAGCAACACCGAGCUCUUCGCCGAGUACCUGGCGCUGGGGCAGUACCGCGGCGGGGGCGAGGCGCCCUGCGCCGGGGAGCGGAGCCCCCCCGACAGCGCCGCCCCGCCGCCGCCGCCCAAGGGCGAGGUCACCGAGCAGCUGGCGCUCCUGGUGCGGGCGCUCUGGACGCUGGAGUACACCCCGCAGCACAGCCGCGAGUUCAAGAGCAUUGUCUCUAAGAACUCCAUGCAGUACCGAGGGAACUCGCAGCAUGAUGCACAGGAAUUUCUGCUCUGGCUCUUAGACAGAGUUCAUGAAGACCUGAACAAUUUAGUGAAAUACAGUGGCAGACCUCCAUUGAAGCCACCGUUGGAAGAUGCUGCGCUGCUCGAGGCACCAGGCUUUCCAAUCAGUAGCACUUUCGUACAGGAACUCUUUCAAGCCCAGUACAGGUCCUCUCUGACGUGCCCUCAUUGUCAGAAGCAGAGUAACACCUUUGACCCUUUCCUCUGCAUCUCUCUGCCAAUUCCUCUGCCUCAUACACGACCUCUGUAUAUCACUGUGGUGUAUCAAGGGAAGUGUUCGCAUUGCAUGCGCAUCGGUGUGGCAGUGCCUCUGUCUGGAACAGUGGCGAAGUUGCGUGAAGCAGUAUCCAUGGAAACCAAGAUACCCACUGAGCAGAUUGUGCUGACGGAGAUGUACUAUGAUGGGUUCCAUCGCUCCUUCUGUGACACUGAUGACCUGGACACGGUUCAGGACAGUGACUGCAUUUUUGCCUUUGAGACCCCUGAGAUAUAUAGGCCUGAGGGGAUCCUUAGUCAGAGAGGAAUUUAUGUGAACAAUAACCUAAAUAACUUGAAAUAUGGCACUGACCACCGCAGAACAUCAUCUUAUACACAAGGGUCGGUGAAGUCUGGGAAACAGGAAACCUCUACUCGCUCAGCAGCCAGUGACAAGAUUGUAUUGCUGGUCUGCAACAGAGCAUCUACUGGACAGCAGGGGAAAAGGUUUGGCCAGCCCUUUGUGUUGCACCUGGAGAAAACAAUUGUAUGGGAUCUCCUCCAGAAGGAAAUCCUGGAGAAGAUGCAGAAUAUUCUGCGGCCCUCAGCCUGCAUUCAGGUGUGUCCAUUCAGCUUGCGGGUGGUUAGUGUUGUGGGCAUAACAUACCUAUUACCUCAGGAGGAGCGACCACUCUGCCACCCCACUGUGGAACGGGCACUGAAAUCAUGUGGACAGGGUGGAACUGCACAUGUGAAGUUGGUGGUAGAAUGGGACAAAGAGACUAAAGAUUAUUUGUUUGUGAACAUGGAGGAUGAGUACGUCCCAGACUCCGAAAGUGUCCGUCAGCAGAGGGAGCUUCAUCACCAGCCUCAGUCCUGCACUUUGUCUCAAUGUUUCCAACUUUACACCAAAGAGGAACAGCUUGCUCCAGAUGAUGCAUGGCGCUGCCCCCAUUGCAAACAGCUGCAGCAGGGGAGUAUUACAUUGAGCCUAUGGACCUUACCCGAUGUUCUCAUCAUACAUCUAAAGAGGUUUACACAGGAAGGAGACCGAAGAAUGAAACUGCAGAACAUGGUCAAGUUCCCUCUAACCGGCUUGGAUAUGACCCCUCACGUCGUCAAACGCAGUCAGAGUAGCUGGAGUCUGCCAUCUCACUGGUCCCCAUGGAGACGACCCUACGGUCUUGGAAGGGACCCUGAGGAUUAUGUCUAUGACCUGUAUGCGGUGUGCAAUCACCAUGGCACUAUGCAAGGAGGGCACUAUACAGCAUAUUGUAAGAAUUCUGUAGAUGGCUCGUGGUACUGCUUCGAUGAUACUGACGUGCAGCAGUUGGCAGAAAAUGAAGUCUGCAAGCAGACGGCUUACAUCCUCUUCUACCAGAGGCGCACAACAAUCCCAUCAUGGUCGGCUAACAGCUCUGUGGCAGGCUCUACAAGCUCUUCUCUCUGUGAACACUGGGUGAGCCGGCUUCCUGGCAGCAAACAGCCCAGCAUCGCCUCAGCAGCUUCCUCUCGACGCACGUCUCUGGCCUCGCUUUCAGAAUCAGUUGAGCUGACUGGGGAAAGGAGUGAAGAUGAUGGGGGGUUCUCGACUCGACCCUUUGUAAGAAGCGUCCAGCGUCAGAGUUUGUCUUCUAGAUCCUCUGUCACCAGCCCUCUGGCAGUAAAUGAAAAUGGGGUUCGGCCAUCCUGGUCGCUGUCUGCGAAGCUGCAGUUGCGCUCCAACUCUCCUUCACGCUUCUCUGGAGACUCUCCUGUGCGUGCUUCUGCCUCGACACUGGAGAAGAUCGGGGAGGCUGCUGAUGAUAAAGUGUCCACCUCCUGCUUUGGCAGCUUAAGGAACCUCUCCAGUAGUUACCCAGAACCAAGUGACAGCAGCAGCAGGCGAGAACAUAGGACAGUGGGCAGAGCCCCUCUCGCUGUCAUGGAAGGGGUGUUCAGAGAGGAAUCUGCUGCAAGGAAAUCAAAUUCUGCUUUCAUGGACCCAUAUGGGAAAAGCUUGGUGCAAGCAGACAGGAGCCAUCUGGCUCUGGACCCUUUUGAUAACAACAAUCAAAUUGCUUUUGUGGAUCAAAGUGACUCUGUGGAGAGCUCUCCAGUCAAAGAGGUGAAAGCCCCCAGUGGGACAGGGCUGCUCUCCGAGAAGGCAGAUGGCAUCCCCAAGAAGGCUCCCAGCUCCAAAGGCAUUUCUGAGCCAGAUAAAAAUUUGAGGAAAGGAAGGACAGUCUUGUCUAUCCAAGAAUCCCCAAUUUCUCACCCUUCUCCUGCCUCUGCCCCUCCCUUAAAGACCUCUCAGAAGGUUUCCCGUUCUAGAAGCAAGACAGAUUCUUCCAGGGCCAGUGGGCGACAUGCAUCUCCUGCUUCUGGCCAGGCUAGAAAGGAAUCUGGUACCAAACUCCAGGAGAGCCAGGCUGUGUUGUCGACUCAACAGAAACACAAGUCAGUUUCUUCCCUAUCCUCCACAGCUGCCAAGAAAACCACUUCGGGGUCAGUGACACGGGGGCCCUCUGCUGGGAAGAGCAGGACUUCAGACCGAAGCCUCAGCAGGGAGGGCUCCAAGGUAAGCCUUGGAUCGGAUAAGACCAGUGUCACUUCCAGCUCAAGAACUAGCUCUCCUCGGAUAAGUCAACCUAGAAGUGAGAGCAGAGCAAUGGACAGCAAGCAUGUGCGGAGCUCCUCAAUGGCCAGCCUGAGGUCCCCAAGCAUCAGCAUGCGUUCGGGUUUAAAGAGGGACAGCAAGUCGGAAGAUAAAGGGCUGUCUUUCUUCAAAUCAGCCCUGAGGCAGAAGGAGACCCGACGGUCGGCUGAUCUUGGAAAGACGACAAUGCUGUCAAAAAAGACUGCAGGUGGUUCCUCCAAGCCAGGCAGUAAAAUUGUGGCAGAAGACAAGUCAGAGAAGAGCAGCCUCCCACCAGCCUCUCUCACAAACCCCAGCAUUGCUGUGAAAGAGAAGCUUGCCCUGAAAGAUGCCACGCCCAGCAAACAUUCUCUGCUGUCCAGCCGCAAAUCCAAGUCUUCCCAGCUAGACCCCGGAGCGCAGUCUCCUUCCAGUGACAAACAGUCUGCUGACAAGUCACUGAAAAAGUUACCUUCCAGCAUGCACAUGUCUGCACGGCCUUCUCCGAAACCUCACUGAGAUGCUGCAAUCCAGGUGUUUUUCUUUCUUCUGCUGAGAGCUAAUUUAUUCUGAGUUCUUGUUUUUUUGUUCAUGUGCCUAAUGUGUGUUUGAGGAGAACUUAACUGCAAAUUGGUAAAGCGCCUUUUGAUUCUGCCAUCAAACCAAAUAGCCACAGCUGGCCAGCACUGAUACCAAGUGAAGUCCAGCUGGAGUCAUAAAACAUGAACGCAGCUGUCCCAUAGCACUUACACAGAAGUCUCUUUAUAGAAAAAUGCAACAACUUUCUUCAGACAGCAGGUUUGAAACCUGUGACCCAGUUAUACUGUAAUUAGCGUGCUUUCUAGAACUGUGAACUAAUAUUCCAUUGGAUUGUCUAAGCAGGCACCAUCUGUGGUUAUGGGUUGCCUGGUUCUUGGCUGCAGAAGAUGCUAAGGGACCUGUGAAAAAGAGAGACUGCCGCUUCUUUGUGUUCUCCCCAGCCCCCAUUUUUCAAGCUUUUUAAAGGGCAAUAUCUCAACACUAAUGUUGUUUCUCAGGUAUAUACUCAGCCAGUAUAGGAGGGCUAGCAUUAGUGACUAGACAAGUCCAAAAGAUACUCCAAUGUGUGUGCAGAACAGUUUUCAUAUUUUCAUUCCAACAGGCUUAAUUAUUUUUAUAAAAUAUAACUUGCAUUUUGUUGCCA